CUGCAUCAUGAAUCCUUUAAUUCCCAUUAAUCAAGAAGGUCCCUAUGUAAAUUGUGAAAUUGCAGGACAAUCUGUUACUUGUCUUGGAGCUAGUAGAUCUGCUUUAAGAUCCGCGGAGUUUCCCUCUGUUCCUUUGACAACUUUGUCUGUAAAUGCUGUGGGCAUUUCAAAUCAACCUGUUUCGCAUCCUGUCACAAAACCCCUUGCGGUUUCACUAGGGCCCCUGGCUAACAAGCAUGCAUUCUUGCUCAGCCCCUCCUCUCCUGUGAAUCUGUUGGGAAGGGAUCUUUUGUGUAAAUUAGGUUGUGCUAUCUAUUGCACACCAGAUGGCGUAUUCUUACAGGUUCCUGAUGAGAAUACCAAUCUAGUGUUGGCUACACUCCACAUAGAGGAGCCAGCUAAAUUACCAACAACUCGUAGCCCUGACCUUGUGCAUUUGUUAUCACAAAUUCCUCCUCAUCUCUGGUCUCCGCAUGCCAAUGAAGUGGGACAGAUUCCGACAGCCGAACCGGUUAAGAUUUUGGUUGAUCCUUCUAAAGCUUUGCCAAGGGUUCCCCAAUACCCUCUGCGUCCUGAGGCAGAGGAAGGAAUAGCCCCAGUAAUGGAGUCUUUAUUACAGCAGGGUAUUAGUGUUGCCACCACCAGUUCUUGUAAUACUUCUAUCUUUCCUGUAAAGAAACCAGGAAAGAACACCUAUCGGUUUGUUCAAGAUCUCCUCGCGAUUAAUGCUGUUGUUUUACCUUCUUUCCCCAUGGUUCCAAAUCCAGCUACAAUUCUUUCUUGUAUUCCACCUUCAGCUACUCACUUUACUGUUGUGGACCUUUGUUCAGAUUUCUUUUCUAUCCCCAUACACCCUGAGAGUCCGUAUCUGUUUGCCUUCACCUAUAAAGGACGCCAGUACACCUGGACCCGGUUACCCCAAGGGUCUACUGAGUCCCCAUCCUUGUUUUCCAAGAUUCUGAAAAAGGAUCUGGACGGUGUGGUUUUUCCAGGUAAAUCAGUGCUUAUACAGUAUGUGGAUGAUCUCUUGCUGGCAUCCCUUUCUUUUGAAUCUUGUAAAGCUGAUACUUUGAGUCUCUUGACUGCUUUAGCUGCUAGCAAAGUCUGUCCAGUGCACCAGCCCUGGGACUUCCUGAUUAUGCUAAACCCUUCACUCUUUUCUGUCAUGAGCGUAACGGGUUUGCUUUGGCUGUAUUAAGGCAAAAGCACGGAGAUAAACACCGUCCCAUUGCUUAUUACAGUACUGCCCUAGACGCUGUGGCAGCUGGAUUUCCCCCUUGCCUGUGAGCUGUGGCUGCAGCAGCCCUUGCGGUUCAAGUAUCUGAAUCUAUUGUCUUAGGAUCUCCUUUGAUUGUUGCUGUCCCUCACGCUGUGGCUGCUCUCUUGUUAAAAUCUAAGACACAGCAUCUAUCCACUUCUCGUCUCACAAAAUACGAGCUUGUCUUGUUGUCUUCGUCUCAUAUUACUUUGGCUCAUUGCCCCGUUCUAAAUCCUGCCUCCUUGUUGCCUGGGCCAGACGACGGAGACCCACAUGACUGUGUGUCUGUGACAUCGGUUCUCUCUCGUCCAAGAGAUGAUUUACUAGAUGUGCCUUUGCAAAAUCCUGCUCUUAUUUACUUUGUGGAUGGUUCGUGCUUGCGAGAUUCUAAGGGUCAAUUGGUUGCUGGUUAUGCAGUGUGCUCUGCACAUGCUGUUAUUGAAAGUGCUUUUCUUCCUUCUGUGUUUUCUGCUCAAGUGGCCGAACUUGUGGCUUUAACUCGAGCCUGCAUUCUAGCACAGGAUCAAGCAGUUACAAUCUAUACAGACUCUCGUUAUGCUUUUGGAGUGGGACACAAUUGUGGUUUGCUCUGGAAGCAUAGAGGUUUCCUUACAUUCACUGGUUCUCCUAUUAAGAACAGUCUGUAUGUCUCUGCUCUUUUAGAUGCCCUUGUAUUGCCCAAAGCUAUCGCUGUUGUUAAAGGCACAGCUCACCAGACCCCUCAUGAUGAAGUUACCCGUGGAAAUGCUUUGGCAGACUCUGCAGCCAAAGCCGCGGCCCUUUCUGCCCCUCAGGCUGAAUAUUCUUGUGCUUUGAUCGAGCAGCCUCCACUCGCCUCCCUUGAGGAUCUGGCCAAGAUCCAGGAAGCGGCACCAGCAGCUGAGAACCGUUUUUGGAGUGCUAAUGGCUGGAUUCUACACUCUGACCAUCGUUGGCGUGCCCCAGCUGGUCGCCUGGUUGCCCCGAAGAUGCUAAUGCCCUAUCUUGCUCGUGUAUACCACGGAAUGGCUCACGUGAGCAAAGGGGGGAUGGUUGCUGCGGUGAACCGAGAUUGGUGUGCGUUCGGUUUCCCAGUCAUUGCACAUCACUACUGUCAACAAUGUGUGAUUUGUCAGCAGCAUAACAUUGGUAAAGCUGUUCAAGUUAGGCAGGCAGCACCCCCUCCCCCUUGGGGACCUUUUGUAAAUAUUCAGAUUGAUUUUAUUCAACUGUCUAACUGUUGUGGUGAUGAAUAUGUAUUGGUUUUAGUGGAUGUAUUUUCAAAUUGGGUUGAAGCUUUUCCCUGCAGGAAAGCAGAUGCCAGGACUGUUGUGAAACUUCUGCUUCAAGAUUUUGUACCGCGAUUUGGCAUCCCUGUGAGUCUCAACAGUGACCGUGGAACUCAUUUGACGGGCCAGAUUGUAAAGGAGUUAUGUGCAGCUUUGUAGAUCCAACACAACCUUCACUGCCCCCACCGUCCGCAGUCUGCCGGGGCAGUGGAACGCCAGAAUGGAAUUCUGAAAAAUAAACUGGCCAAGAUUGUGCUGAAACAAACUUAAAGUGGCCAGACGCCCUUCCGCUGGCACUAAUGAGUAUGAGGGCCACUCCCAAUCGAAAGACUGGACUCAGCCCUCGUGAGAUUUUGACAGGGUGCCCGAUGCGACUACCAACUGCACCCCCACUGACCCUAGCUCAGAUGGACAUUCAUUUAAUGGAUGACACAAGGCUUAAGUAUUGUCAGGCACUAAUGAAAUGUGUUAAGUCUUUUUAUACACAGGUGAAAGACGCACUACCCAAGGAUCCUGUGCAGCCCUGCCACUCACUGGAACCAGGAGACUGGGUCUACAUAAAGGUCCAUCAGCGAAAGACUGCCCUGGCUCCACGCUGGAAGGGCCCUUUCCAAGUCCUGUUAACCACCAACACCGCUGUGAAGGGCCAAGGACUGCCUGCCUGGACCCAUGCUUCGCACUGCAAAAAGACCCCUCCACCUGGAGAGGAUUCUUCAGCUGAUGAUCAGCCUAUUUCUCCUGCUAGCUCUGCUGUGCCUCCUGGACAGCAGGGAAAGAGGACAAGGUGAAGUGCUAGUAACCUCUCCCUUGUCCACUGACAGAUCUACAACGCCUUUGAAUUCUUUUACAGGAAUCGCACCAGUACAGGGUGAAGUGCUAGUAACCUCUCCCUUGUCCACUGACAGAUCUACAACGCCUUUGAAUUCUUUUACAGGAAUCACACCAGUACAGGGUGAAGUGCUAGUAACCUCUCCCCUGCACUAUGGUGAAUCACAACUGCUUUU